AUGGUUCAUUGCACCCGUCGUAGAGAUAGUGAUCGAUUCUAUGUGAAAAAAAUAUGUAGUUCUCAUAGUUGCUUGGGAGGAGGCAUAGGAAAGGAAGGAUAUCAACGGGCAUCUCGUAAGUGGAAUGCUAAUCAACUCAAGACCAUAUUGAAGGAACAACCCACUUAUCGCCCAAUUGAUUUCCAAAAGAAGCUUAAAAUGGAAUUUGGUUUGGACGUCCCUUAUCAUAGAAUUUGGUGGGGAAAAGAGCUAGCUCAACGUGAUUUGUAUGGUGAUACUAAAUUUUCAUAUGACCAACUCCGAUGGUAUAAGGAUAAAGUUAUAGAAACCAAUCCGGGAUCAAUUGUUCACUUAGAGCAUGAAGACGGAAGAUUUACACGAGUAUUUGUGUCUUAUUAUGCUUGUUGGAAAGGGUUUAUGGAGGGAUGUAGACCAAUGUUGUUCUUGGAUGGUACACAUCUUUUUGAUAGGUAUAAAGGAACCUUACUUGCUGCAACUGCACUAAAUGGAGAUGGUGGAAUAUUUCCCGUAGCAAUUUGCAUAUGCGUCACGGAAAAUAAGAGUAAUUGGGAAUGGUUUUUAGAAUGCAUUCGAGACAUUCUCUUCAAUGAUGAAGAUCCAUAUACUCAAUGCAUUCGAGACAUUCUCUUCAAUGAUGAAGAUCCAUAUACUCCAGAUGAUGAACUGGUGUUAAUCUCUGAUAGGGACAAAGGACUUCAGAAUUCCGUGAAGAAAUGCUUUCCAUGGUCACAUCACUCUUAUUGUAUUCGUCAUCUUUUGGCUAAUUUUAAGAAUAACUUAUCGAAAAAAGGCAUUACACCACCUUUACGAGAUGAAUGUGUGCAAAUUAUGAAGAGGUCCGCUUAUGCAUACACUUCUCGUGCCUAUAACAAUGAAUGCAACGAGGUACAGAACAAAUCAGAGAUCGCCUAUUAUGAAAUGUUGAGGAUGAGUCCAGAAAAUUGGGCUAAUUGUUAUUUUCCUGGGAAGAGAUAUGGAUGGUUGACAUGA